AUGAAAAUGAUUAUGAAAAUAUAUUACAUAUUUCUAUUAUUAGUAUUUAUAUUAAUAGAACGUUGUGUAGACAAUGAUGUAAUAAAUAAGACACAAGAAAAUUAUUUAGAUCAUAGAGACUUCGAAAAAGAUAUGGAUGAGCUCGAUUUGAGUGGCUUAGAAUAUGAUAUUGAAAAUGUUGAGGAGAUAGCUCAAAAAGACUCGUACAAUUAUGUAACACAAAUAUAUGUAUAUAUAAGGAUAGAUGAGGAAUAUAAAAAAUAUAUAAAUCAUUUAGAACUUAUGAGACUAGGACAAAGGUUCAUGACAAUAUUACAGAAUGCUAUGAUUAAUGUUCAGCUCAAAAAAACGGGGACUGGAAUUUUUACAUGUUUUUAUGAGAAUAAAUCUAUAACGGAUGAUUUGGCAACAUAUUUUCUAAUACAAAAAGAAGUAGAUUUUAUUGAAGUAGGUUUUGAUAAGAGAUAUCCAGAAGGAAGACAUGCACCCAUAACGGAUAGUGACAUGAGGGUGUUCAUAAAAAAUGAGGAGCUAUGA